AUGGGUCCCCAAACGGAGCCCGACGUAAUACCCACCUAUGAAGACGAACCGUGCAUCAUCUGGGUCGGUGAUCGUGAAACUCUGUACGAUCUCCUUGACGAUCUUGAUGGUAUCCCAAAAUUCAAACCACGCCUCUUCAUCACCCUCGAAGGGAAUUAUAUAGGACACGAAAGUAGAAUCUCCAUUAUGCAGAUCUACAACGCUGUGUCUCACCGCGUCUACCUCAUCGACGUGUAUUGGCUCGGCGCCACGACAUUCUGGGCGGUUAAUAGGUUGAAGAAUUUUCUAAAGGGUAUUUUGGAGUCCGAGGAUAUCAUCAAGGUCUUUUUUGACGUGAAGAAAUACUCCGACGCACUGUACAGUCAGUACAAGAUCAAGCUUGCUGGGGUUCACGAUCUUCAGCUUAUGGAGCUCGCAACUAGCGAGAAUCCUUACAGGCUCAGUGAUCUUGACGGCUGUUUCUCAAGAGACGCCCCUCGGCUGUCCGGAAACGAGUGGCUGUUAUGGGAUCUCCGAGGAGCGGUCCCUUCCUGGAGUUCUCAUCGAAUACGCGCCCGAUAUGUGCAGAUCUUCCCUACGCUAUAUGGUUAUUACGACGCUAAGCUACGGGCACAACCUACGCAACGGGAAAACAUGAUCUCUGCUUCGAAAACCAUAGUUGCACUGUCGCAGACCACGAUCUGUGCCACUGAGGAAUGGCAUCGGGCUCUCAUGUGUCGUGAUGUCGAGUGA